AUGUCGAUCUCUACAGCCAGCAACACGUCAUCCCACAGCGCUUCCACCAUGGACCAUACGGACCUCGGUCUGAAGCCUUUGCAUUUGGCGGUCCUUCGAAAAGAUCGCAAGCAGGUUCUCAGUCUGCUUGCAGAAAAAGAGGUUGGUGUCGAUCAAAGGAACGCCCUGGGCCAGACGCCACUUAUGUUGGCUUGUCUAUUCGGGUACUUGGACAUAGCCAUUUCCUUAUAUGCCAAGAAUGCGUCUAUCCAAAAGACAGACGAUAGGGGCUUCUCUGUUCUCGAUUACCUCAAGAAAAUGGCCCUGAGAAAGGAAAGUCUGACCCAGUACGAGAGCUUUGCCAGACGGCCACCCAGUCGUACUGGCAGGGCUUACAUCUCUCUUAUCUUGAAACGUCACCAGAGAGACUACCAGCAUUACCAAUACAGACUCGGAAAAAGCAACAAAGAUGUGGCAGAAAGUCUGAGUCUGGCCCAGAAAGAUCCAUCCGAUUCCCACAUUGUGUUCUUGAGAACAGGAAGAGGACUCAAGAUCUGCCAUGUCACAGUGCUAGCCAGCGCCGAUUUCAAGAUUCAUCUGGGAAACAAGAGCAUGGCUGUCUGGAGGAAAGCUAAGAACUGUCAUACGCUGGCCGUCUCUGGGUCCGCCAGAGCUGCAGAGUUCUCGGAGCCAACCUUCCACGACACUUUCUUGAUCCGGUAA